AUGGACAAUAUCGUGCCUGCCUCGUACAAGGCGUGUAGCCAUUGCUACANNGCCGUAAGGUCAAGGUGCUUCUGCCAAUCAUAUUUACUUCCCACAAUCAAGACACUCAUCCAAUACCAGUGUAAUGGCGCACUACCACGAUGUGGUAGAUGCAACGACUCUCAGCAAGAAUGCGACAUUACAACCCGUGUGUUCUACUCGUAUGAAAUUGUCAAAAACCUUCUCGACCAAAUUCAAACUUUAGAAACGCGACUCGAACCAUUACAAUCACGUUCUCUACCCAGCAUCGAGUUUGAUGAUGCUCAUAGAUUUGAUGUCACUGUCCAGCUGCAGCAAUCGGGCCUCGCCUGGGAGAAUGAUCAGCAGCGUACAAGUCCGGGGGAUCAGGUCUCUCAGGAGCUGGGUGCUUUGAGCUUGGGUCAUGCAGAUAUCAUGGCACAGUAUUAUGGCAAGCAUUUCCAUACGUUAACCUUUCGUGUACNNAGAAAAGUGGCUAUUGGUCUGGGACGAACGCUCUCUAUCCGGAACCAAGCCAUAGACGCCAGAUUCCCUCAGCACACUGCUGAGGACGACAUUCAACCAGUAUCUGGUAUUGCGGAUUCGCCACACUCAAGAUUCGGUGUGGGCCCAGCAGUUCAUUUGAUCAAGCUGUGGGCCAUUUCUGGAGACAUUCUCGAGUCAGUUUACAUUGCCCGACCAGCGACGUCGCUCUCUCCAGCGAUCCUACAACGUCUGGUGGUCAGCUUACGUCAGAGGCUAAGCCAAUGGCGAGGAUCGCUUGAAGAGUAUUCUGCACUACAAGACUCUGUUUACCUCCACAUGAAAGUCCAAUACGCCAUCGUUGUCAUGAUGUUGAAUCGCCCUUCGCCCAGUUUCCCGAUUGUAGAGCAAGAAAUGGUGGCUUCUUGUCAUGAAGCUGCUAGAUCUGCAGCAGAGACCUGGGCUCUGCUGCGGGAUCGAAACAUGAUCUUCCGUGACUGGAAGACUCUUCAUGAUGUGUUGAUGACUGGGCUAACAUGGCUGUAUACAUGCUGGAGCCAUAACUCCUCUCAUGACGCCGGGGAGUCGACAGCACGUGGCUCGGAGAUGGACUGGAUGAACACCAACUUUGAGCAGUCAGUUCUUGACGCAAACUGCUCGUUUGAUCUUGCGACCUUUGACGAUUUCAUGCUCAACUAUCCUUAUCUGGUCGACCCUGAUGAGAUUGUUGCC